AUGUCAGCUCGGAGUGGCAUCGGGGCAUUGCUCCGCCGGCGCGGAUGGUGUAACGGGGCUCGCCGAUCUCUCACCACCAGCGCCCCCCGGCGCACUGGUCACGGUGGCCAGAGCAAUCCUCCCAAAAGUGCAAAUCAGUGGUCCGGCGGUGGUGUCUUGGCCGUUAGCGCCGUUGCGACAGCCUUGGGCUACGGCAUUGCGAUGUCACGCAUAGGCGCAAGCGACACGGCGCUUCUUAAAAAGGAUAACGAGCAACGGUAUGCGACAGUUAAGGAGAUGGAAACAGCCUUGGACCUGAUCAUCGCAGAACUCGGGAACAGUGAUCUCAUCUCGACGGACCCCGAGGACCUGCACGCACACGGAUACUCGGAGUGGUCGACAGUCAACCCCGACACUCUUCCGGUUGCAGUGGCGUAUCCGAGAACGACGGAGCAGGUAUCGGCGAUUGCCCGUAUAUGCCACCAGUACCGUAUCCCCAUCAUACCAUUUUCGGGUGGUUCCAGUCUCGAAGGCAACUUCUCAGCGCCCUAUGGAGGUGUCAGCAUCGACUUCGCUUUCAUGGACCAAAUCCUCCAGCUCAAUAAGGAGGACAUGGAUAUCGUAGUGCAGCCAAGCAUCGGUUGGCAGGAUCUGAACGAGAAACUUGCACAGAUGGACAGCGGCCUGUUCUUCCCCGUUGACCCUGGGCCAAGUGCUAAGAUUGGUGGUAUGAUCGGCACCAACUGCUCCGGCACCAAUGCUGUCAGGUACGGAACCAUGAAAGACUGGGUCAUCAACUUGACCGUGGUGUUGGCCGAUGGUCGGAUAAUCAAGACUCGUCGUAGGCCUCGCAAGUCAUCAGCUGGAUACAACCUCAACAGUCUAUUCGUCGGGUCUGAAGGGACCCUGGGAAUCGUCACUGAAGCGACACUCAAGCUGGCCAUCGUCCCUGAGGAAUACUCUGUCGCCAUAGUCACCUUCCCGACAAUCCGACAUGCGGCGGCAGCGGCCGCUGGGGUGAUGCAGGCUGGUAUUCAAGUGGCAGCGUUGGAGAUCAUGGAUGAAGUGCAGAUGAAGGUGGUUAACCUGGGAGGGGCCACUGCGCCCCGCGUGUGGAAAGAGCUACCCACUCUCUUCUUCAAAUUCUCAGGCACCAAGGCUGCCGUGAAGGAGCACAUCGAACGGGUGCAAGCCAUCACGGCGGCCAACGGGGGAGGCAACUUUGAAUUCGCCAAGGAUGCUCGAGAGCAGAAACUCCUGUGGUCAGCAAGGAAGGAGUCGCUAUGGUCCAUGCUAUCUCUCAGAAAGGGCGAUGAGAGCGUUUGGAGCACCGAUGUCGCCGUCCCAUUUAGUCGUUUAGCUGAUAUUAUCGAAGUGAGCAAGAAGGAGAUGGACGACCUGGGCCUCUUUGCCAGCAUACUCGGUCACAUUGGCGACGGCAACUUCCAUGAGAGCAUCAUGUACAACAGCCGCGACCCGGUCGAACGUGAAAAGGUCGAGACUUGUGUCAAGAAUAUGGUCAAGCGUGCCCUCAACAUGGAGGGAACGUGUACAGGGGAGCACUCGAUAGGCUGGGGCAAGAAGGAGGGUCUGUUCUGGGAGGUCGGCCCCGAGACCAUCAAUGUCAUGAGGGCCAUCAAGCAGUCCCUCGACUCCCGAUGGAUCUUGAACCCCGGAAAGAUCAUGAAUGUCCCCUGGAUGGACGAGCCAUAUCCCACAGAUGAUUCUGUGAUGCCCAUUCUUGCCAACACCAUUGGCAAGAAGCCCAAAGACUGGGCUAUUGGCCUCGGUGGAGUGGGUAUGCCUACGACCAAAUCUCAGUGA